AAUCUCCAGCUUUUUAAUAUCCUGUCGCAAACUGGAACACAUGCAGAUAGAUUAAAGAUCAACUUUUGUCAAUAUGUAAUUAGGUGUUUUGACAAGUACGUUUCCGGUCAAGGAAGUGUCUAAUUUGUGACGGCCAGGUCUUGCAGACAUCAGACAUUAUACCAUGGCUUUUAUGUACAGGAAAUUGCAUUCCGUCCUCCAUCUACAGCGACACCAGAUCACAGUCUUUACACUCCACCAACUCAGGAUGGACAAAGCACCAGCUGCAGCAGCUGGGGUGACCCGGAAUGCAAGUUCAUUUUUACAUGAACGUGCCUUUGUAGAUGGGAAGUGGGUGUCUGCUGCCAGUGGGAAAACAUUUCAAGUGACGAAUCCAUCGACAGGUGGCUUGAUUGGGAGUGUCCCUGAUAUGGAUGCCAAGGACACAGAAAAAGCCAUAGAAGUAGCCCACAAGGCAUUUCAAACAUGGAAGGAAACUACAGCCAAGGAAAGAAGCGGUAUUCUUAGGAAAUGGGCCGAACUAUGCACACAGCAUAAAGAUGAACUGGCAAAGGUUCUCACAGCUGAAAUGGGGAAGCCCCUGGCAGAGGCUGCAGGGGAGGUGGCCUAUGGAACGGCAUUCAUGGAUUGGUUUGCGGAGGAGGCCCGCAGAGUGUACGGAGAUAUUAUCCCGACUCCCGUCAAAACACGACGUCUCCUCGUCCUCAAACAACCAUUAGGAGUGGCAGGGAUGAUCACACCGUGGAAUUUUCCCAACGCAAUGAUCACUAGGAAGGCAUGUGCAGCCAUUGCCGCAGGCUGUACUGUGGUACUCAAGCCAGCUGAGGACACGCCCUACUCGGCCCUUGCCCUCUGUGAGCUAGCGUCCAUGGCUGGACUACCCCCAGGUGUCCUCAAUGUAGUAACCUCAUCACGUGACCAUGCUGCUGAGGUGGGAAAGACGCUGUGUAAAAGCCCGCUGGUGAUGAAGAUCUCAUUUACUGGCUCCACACCAGUCGGCAAGAUUCUACUGGAGCAGUCGGCUUCUACUGUGAAGAAAGUUUCCCUAGAGCUAGGAGGAAAUGCCCCUUACAUUGUGUUUGACAGUGCUGAUGUGGGUGCGGCUGUAAGGGGGCUGAUGGGCUGUAAGUUCAGGUGUUCUGGACAGACCUGUGUGUGUGCCAACAGGAUCCUGGUGCAGGAGGGGAUCUACGAUGAGUUCGUACAGAAACUAGCGGAAACCAUGGACAAGGAACUCAAAGUGGGAGACGGGUUUGAGGCUGGAACUACACAAGGCCCACUGAUCAACAGCAAGGCUGUAGACAAGGUCCAGGGCCACGUAGAUGAUGCGGUGAGUAAGGGCGCAACUGUAGUCAGGGGAGGUAAGAGGCUGGAUGGAAACUUCUUCUCACCUACCUUGCUGUCUCAUGUUACAAAGGAAAUGAGGUGUGCAUACGAGGAGACAUUUGGACCUGUCGCUCCCAUUUUGAAAUUUAAAACAGAGGAGGAAGCAGUUGCCAUAGCGAAUGUUACAUCCUCAGGGUUGGCAGGGUACUUCUACUCCCAAAACCUCAGCCAGAUCUGGCGUGUGGCUGAGCAGCUGGAGACAGGCCUAGUGGGGGUCAACGAAGGGGUGGUGUCCGUCCCCGAGGCCCCAUUUGGGGGCUGGAAGGAAUCUGGUCUCGGCAGCGAGGGCAGCAAAUAUGGUAUUGAUGAAUACCUCCAACUUAAAUAUGUGUGUAUGGGAGGAGUAUAGGCUGUUGAACAUUUCUAAAUCAAUCAAAACAUGGCAGUGAUGGCAGCAAUGGUUUCAUGAAUAUCUACAAAUGAAAUUAGUGUGCAAUGGCAGAGAACAUUGUAUAAGCUGUCGGCUGUUGAUACCUAGGAAUAUUUGUAAAUCAAAAUUUGUAUGUUCAUCUUUUAGUAAAAUUCUGGUCAACGCCAUAGUUAAAAAUAAUAACUAAAUGUUUUAAAACAAAAACAAGAGCUUUUGACACCAUUAGGCGUCUUUCACACAUUGGCAGAGUCAAGAGUGUCAUCCCUGAAGUACCUCGAUCAGAGCAGUAACUAUACAAUGUGUUAUACAAUACAGAACUAUGUAUGCGAGAGUUGCCAUGUUGUAACCCAAUAAAUAAGCUGUAAUCCAGAAAGAAGAACUCGUCAUACAAAAAUUAUUUUAAACAAAUAUGUGUAUAAAUGGACUUAGAUUAGGGAAUUAGCCAAACAGUAAACUAUCUGAGAAUAAUGGGUUCUGUAUCUAUAUUACUUGUCAAUUGUGUGGUCUCCAGGAGCAUCUAAAUGUCAAACGUGUAGAUGUAUUAUGGGUGUAUGCAGUACAGUGCUGAGAGUCCGAGGUGUGUUUAUAAUUAACAGAAGGGCCAACUUAACUCAUUCACCCCUGAAAUUUCAUAAUGAACUAUUCCAACGUCUGAAUUGGACGACUUCAAAUGUGUCUUCAGGGGUGAAUGAGUUGAAGCCACCUUGAUAAAAGUGCUUAAUUACAUAGACUGUUUGUAUGGUGUUGUGGUAAUCUAUAAAUUACAAUUUGUUAAGUUUUAUGAUCCAGCAAUAAAAAUUGACUAUAU